GAGAGCGAGAGAGAAAAAAUGCGCCACAUGGCAGUUAAAUUAAUGAAUUAAUUGACGGUUCGGCCAGAGGGCCAAGGACACUCCAUCUUGCCUCUCGGUGUUCCAGAUCAUUUCUGGAUGGUAUUCGCUUCGGAGGCGACGUCUAUCGACUCAGUUUGCCUUAGCUCCCUCAACUUGUGAUUCGACUUGGCAUCCGUAGCCACCUUAGAAUCGCCAUGUCUCAGAACCAACGAAUCAAUCCUAUCGCUCCUUGCCUUUUUGUGCUUGACAGCGGCCAAACUUGCCCAGGUCGUCGACUCGUCGACUCGCAAUAUUGCAACGUCCACUCCAAAGCCGGGAACUCUGAUUGUCCCUAUCCAACCACCAAAUCCGGAGGAACUGCGACCUGCAGUAAGCCCUGUGUUCCUGGAUAUGACGGCUGUGUGUUCCACAGAGUCUAUCCGCUCGACCCUCGCGAUCCACGCUGCUGGGCCAUGAAGAAAAACACCCAGUACAAGGAGCGCUGCCAAGUCAUUCCUCGGAUCGAAGGCAGUUAUUUCUGCCAGCAUCAUCACGAUGCACUCAGCUACAAACUCCACCCAGAUGCACCCCCUACGAUUCCUGGACCCGAUGGUCCUGUGCGCAAGCCCGCCGACAAGUUUCGCCCCUUCGGUGGACCUAUCACUCCCGCUCGACCGUUGAUGAGACCUACACCCUCAACCUAUCCUAGAGUGUCAACCAGUGCACACAACACGCCUUCUCAGCGAAACGGCGCCGACCGGUUCCAAAGUCAAAAUUCAUACAGCAGUAUUGCCGCCCAAGGCAAUGUUAAAAAGGAGGAAACCAGUCUCGAUGCCGAUGCUGCCGAUGAUGACGAUGCUGCCGAUGAUUCGGUCAUGGACGAACUCAUCUCUAUUUUCAGGGAUAGCAUGAAAUUGGCCAAGACCAAGGCACCAUUCGAUGCCGAGCGCUUUCAAACGGCCUUUGCGGUCACCAUCCACGAAGAGACCCUCAAAGCCAAUCUACGCAAGAGCCGCAAGUCGCUCGGAAAUUGAGCGAAUAUUCCAGACAGCAUCUAUCAUCGAGUGUAGAUGCGAUUGCAUGGAUUCAAUAUAUCAAAUUGCUCUCCAAUGCCCAGGUGUUCCAUUGUUGUCC